CGUUGAACCAAAAUAAACCGCAAUUUCUGCAAAAAAUGUCAGCAAACGAGACAAUUUUAGUAGAUGAAGCCGAAAUUCUUGAUCUCAUCAACGAAGCUAACACCGCUGUGGACAAAUUAAAUUUCGUCACUCUCACGGAAGACUACGAGAAAAAAUGUCAAAUAAUUUUCGCGGAACUCGACAAAGACCUCACAAAUUGGAGCAAAAACAUCACAAAAUACAUCGAAAAAUUGCGGGAAGCGCAACAACUCGAGGAAGGAGUAAAAUAUGACUUGAUUCAACGUUUAAGUUUGAAUUCCGGAUCAAUUUCCGACGAAAUCAAAACAUUCGAAGGUCGCUUGAAGCAACUCGAAACAAUUUUACGGGAAAAUGGAAAAGUCGUUUGUGGCGAACUCGUUUCGAACGAAGAACUGGCGCUCGUUCAGAAGCUCGAAGAUGAAGUAGAUUUAAUUAACGAUCUGUUGACAGAUACAAACAAGGAUUUUUCCGAAGUUGCCGGCGAAUACAAAGAAGGCGUAAAAUGCGCCAAAGUCUUGGGACGAGCUCAAAAGUUGCUCGACGGAAUUGAUGGACUCGAAUCGCAACUGAACAAAAUUCAGCGAAAAAUCAUCAAAAAUGGCGUGAAAAAAAUUCAAAUUGAGGAAAUUUAAACAAAAAAAAAAUUUCCCAGUGAUUUUUUUUAUUGAUAACGUGCAAAAAUAUCCUUAAAAUUAUUAGUUUUUUGUUGAAAUAAAUUAACGUUCC